CUGACUACAGAAACAGAAGUUCUUCACCUGACCAAUGGUAGUGUUUGAUGCCUAUUUGUAUUGUGGGAACUAGGAAACAAAGAAAAUGAAAUCGCGGAAGCAUGAAUAGGAAUAAAAUGCCUGUGUCUGUAGCUUACUUCUGUAGAGAAGUAGUGGCCCAGAGACAGAGAAAAUAGGAAGAAAGAAGAUGUGAAAGAUAAAUUAUGACAUUGCAAUUGGUUGGCAAGCAAAGAGAUGAAUAAACCUUGGUCCUGAACAAACUAACUUGGUUAGAAAAACAGCGCUUCACUGGGUUCAGAUUCUUAAAAAAUACAAGCUUCAGUGGGUCCAAAAUUUCAACAAAUAUAAUGUCGGGUGCUGCGUGGGGCUGUGGGGCCGACGGCCUGACCGAGAGGCUGUCUCCUCUCAGAGCAUUCUUGCACCAGUUUAAGGGCCUGUGUUACUUCACCAGCUGGACGGAGCUGCUGAGGAGUGUGGUCUCCAACCAGCGCUUCGACAGCGACGCGGGCGAGGGCCGCGCGGUGACCGAGCUGGGGCGGCCUCAAGCCGAGCGCUGGAACAGCCAGAAGGACGUCCUGCAGCGGAGGCGAGCGGAGGUGGACGCGGUGUGCAGACAAACUACAGGGUUGUUACCAGGAGAUGCUGUUCCUUGA